AUGCUCUAUUCCUGUUGCCAUCCACACCGUCUCCUAUCUGCGCUGCAAAAGACCACCAGACUCUCAUCCCAUCUUGUUCUCUCCGUCCCUUGUCUUUCCAACAUGGCAAUCAGCACACCCCUCAAACGCGAUGCCAGCCACCUGUCCGGUCCGGCAGUCGACAACAAGAAGCCCAAGGCCAACGGCAGCAUUACCUCGUUUUUUGGAGUCCCGAAACCAAAAGCUGAUGCUGCAGCGUCUACUCCUUCAUCAAAGUUCAAUAAGGAGAAGUGGGUGGCCUCUUUAACUGAAGAACAGAAGGACUUGCUCAAGUUGGAGAUUGAGACUCUCCAUGAGAGCUGGCUGGCUCACCUCAAAGAUGAGAUUGUGACUCCGGAAUUCCUGUCCCUCAAGCGCUUCCUCAAGAAGGAGAAGGAGUCGGGAGUGACCAUCUUUCCUCCAGAAAGUGAAAUCUAUUCUUGGUCUCGACACACGCCGCUCCAUACUGUCAAGGCGGUGAUUAUUGGGCAGGAUCCAUACCACAAUUACAAUCAAGCCCAUGGUCUCUGCUUCUCAGUGCGACCUCCAACGCGAGCUCCACCUUCCCUCCAGAAUAUCUACAUUGCCCUCAAGAAUGAUUAUCCGUCCUUUGAGCCUCCUCCCAACGGAGGCGGACUUCUGACGCCCUGGGCAGAACGUGGCGUUCUGAUGCUCAAUACAUGCUUGACAGUUCGUGCCCACGCUGCCAAUAGCCAUUCCGGAAAGGGCUGGGAACGAUUUACCCAGAAAGCUAUCGAUACUGUGGCCAGAGUCCGCACCCAUGGCGUAGUCUUUUUGGCAUGGGGCACUCCGGCUGGAAAACGGGUUUCAGGCAUCAACAGAGAAAGACACUGCGUUCUACAGUCUGUUCAUCCCAGUCCGCUCAGUGCACGCAAUGGAUUUUUUACCUGUGGCCAUUUCAAGAAAUGCAACGAGUGGCUUGCAGAACGGUAUGGAGAAGAGGGCAGAAUUGAUUGGAGUCUGACACCGAACAAAUCGGUGCUGAGUCCAACCGCCGCAACUGCUGAGAAGGACAUGUCCGUCUCUGCCAAUGGCCAGAAAGACCAGUCUUCAUCUGGCACUGAUAAGACCAACGGCCAAGCAGCUUCGACAAACGCGGACAAAAAUGAUCCCGUGUCUGAUGAAGAAGACCUUGAUGCCAUUGAAGCCUUGGUUGCAGCGGAAGAAAGCCUGAAAAGCAAGAAUGACGAUUCCCUGGAUAAACCCAAGGAAACAGAGUCUGAAUCCGAAAAGAAGUGA